UACAGAACAAUCUCGGCCGAAAUAAGUGCAGGUUUCAGACCAUUUUAUAAAACUAUGUGAUACCUUAGAAACUAGAAAAAUUGUAUUAAUUUUGUAACCUUUGGCAUUAAUUAACUAAUUAUUCCCAUAAUCGCACCAAUAAUUGCCGUUAGCAAUUGAUAAAUGACCUCUCAUUAUCAUACAAGGUUAUACUUAUGAAGUGCCAAACAACAGUUAUAACAACACAAUGAACGUGCACCUAACAACACUUCUUUUCUUGUACGUCGACUUUCAUAUAGAAGCUGCUCAAAUUUUGGGCGUCUUCCCAUUUCCGGCCCACAGCCAUUUUCAACUGGGCGAUAGAAUUGUUAAAGAAUUAGUGAGCAGAGGGCAUAAUGUCACCGUCAUAUCUCCAUACAAAGAGAAGUUACCAAUCCAAAAUUUCAAUCAAGUGAUUGUUGAUAAUGUGUUUGAAAAGGCCGCAGAAAUGAAAAAAGGCCUCUUAGGUCAUACUGGUUAUAACUUUCUCCGACGAAUCACUUUCUUAGACAAUUUGGGCUUAACUUAUACGGAACUAGCGUUAAAUAGUACAAACGUGAAAAACUUUUUGAAGGAGCGGAAUCACUUCGACUUGGUGAUUAUUCAACAUUUCAAAAGCGACGCCUAUAACGGAUUUUGUCAUCGCUAUAAGGCGCCUUGCAUUGCAGUUAGUCCGCUGCCAGUACCAAGCUGGUUUAGCAAUAAAGUGGGACUUUCGGCUCCUUCAUCGUAUGUCCCACAGCUUACGGUGAGUUACGGGAGCAAAAUGGAUUUCGUGCAACGAUCAUUCAACUCAUUUGUCUCUCUGCUCGAAGAAAUCUCGCAUCGCUUCUACUUGUAUCCAGCACAUAAUCGUUUACUACAAACGUAUUUCCCUGGCGCUCCACACUUGGACGACCUGUACCAGAACACAUCCCUAAUUCUUUAUAAUGGGCACGUAAGCGUAAGCGAGGUGUGCCCGAAUAUGCCCAACACAAUUGACAUCGCAGGUUAUCACGUCGCUACCCCAAAAGGACUUCCUGACGACUUGAAAAAGUGUUUGGACAAUGCAACUGAUGGAGCCAUUUACUUUAGCAUGGGAUCCAACUUGAAGAGCAGCAAUUUCCCUAGCGACCUGAGAAACACAAUGCUGGACGCAUUUGCUCAACUGAAGCAAAAAGUCUUAUGGAAGUUCGAGGAUGAUUUGGUAGAUCAGCCUGACAAUGUCCUAAUCCGCCCGUGGUUCCCACAACAAGAAAUUUUGGCUCAUCCAAACGUUAUCCUCUUCAUAACACACGGUGGUCUCCUCAGCACAAUUGAAUCGGUUUAUUUUGGCAAACCGAUCUUGGGACUGCCCGUAUUCUCAGAUCAAGGCCUAAACUCGGCACGGGCGGAAGAUGCCGGUUAUGGCAGGUUUAUUCCUUUCGGAAAAGUGAGUGGCGAAAAUUUUCGCGAAAUUUUAAACGAAAUGAUUCAAAAUCCCCGGUAUAUGAGUAACGCGAAGGCUAGGUCGAGGAUUAUGCACGAUCAACCACUUCCCCCAAUGGAAAGGGCUAUAUUUUGGAUUGAAUACGUUUUACGUCAUCGCGGAGCGCCCCAUCUGAAAUCACCCGCUUUGUCUUUAAAUUGGUUUCAAUACUUUCUGCUCGAUGCCAUCUUGGCGUUUGCAGUUUGUUGUUGGCUCACUGUGUUUGCACUUAGAAGAUUGUUGCAACAUUUUAAUUUCACUACAAAGAAGCUAGAGGAAAGUUAAGUGCAAGUGCCUACAUAAAUAAAUGUAUUCAACCAACAGGUGCUUUAAGUUGAGACAUUGGUAUUGGAAAUGAUCGUGUUAAUAAUUUACUUACUUAAACAACUCAUAAAAUAAUUAUUACAAAGGU